UCAUCAUCUCCUCCCCCUCCCCAUCCCCAUCCCUUUCCCUUUCCCUUUCCCUUUCCCUUUCCCUUUCCCUUUCCCUUUCCCUUUCCGCCUUCCGCCCUCGCCCUCGCCCUCGCCCUCGCCUCCCGCUUCUUUUUUCUUUUUCUUCUUUCUUUUGUGUCCAUCUCCCCUUCCUCUUUACCUAUAUACCUCUUCGGUUACGUGCGUUUGGCCGUCUGUGUGUGUGUGUGUGCAUAUUGUAUAAGUUGAGUUCGUGGAGGCUUAGGAUUUAUAGAAGUAGGACCGAUAAAUAAAGUUUGGGAGAGAAGCCAUUCUUGACCUUCUAAAUGUAUUCCAAGAUCAAGAACCAACCUCGUUCAUUACGCCAUCAUCAUCUCCAUCAUGUUUUCUCGAUUCCCAUUUGAAAUCCUCACAACUAUUGCUCUUUUAAUUUCACAAGAAGACAAAUUAAACUGCUCAGCAGUAUGCAAAGCAUGGCGACGUCCAUUUCAGGACUCAUUGUGGAAUAGCGUGGAAAUCAACAGCAUGAACAUUGACAUGAUUUGUGAUUCAUCACCUUAUCAUCAACGUCUAUUCAAAACCAACGGUCAUCGUGUCCGGUCUAUGGUCCUAGGAGGAUGGACUCGUCUGAACAGCAAACAAAUCCUCAAACUUCAGUACUAUUUUCCACACUUAAAAUCUCUUUCGAUCCAAGACAAGAGUUUGAGUCGCAACGAUUUCGGAAAAGCUACCGAUUGGUGUCACUGGGGAUCUUUGACACGCCUAGAGAUUAUCUUGCCCAGUUUAGAACACAAGAACCUAGAAACUUAUUUUCUCGACGUAGUAGGCUCCUUACCUUGUCUUGAAUACCUUGACAUGUCCGAAGGUGUCUGUACCGGCAGAUACCUUUACACCUGGCGAGAUUUUGAAACCCUGCACGAAAAACUACCACGCCUGGAGCAUCUACGGAUGAAAGUAUCAUUGGCGCCCAUUCUUGUAAAUGACGUCCUAGAGAUUCAAGACACUAAAAGCGCCCCAUCCUUGUCUGCCGUCCACCUGUUUGGCGAAACAAUGGACCCUCAGUGGCUUUACUACUGCGCCCUCAAAUACCCAAACAUACACACAUUCGAGUGGAAAAUAUUCUAUGGCUACGACACCGCCCACGAGAGAAUGACGGACACAAUGUAUGCUGCCAUGGGUCUGGCUAUGAAAAUGAUUUCCUCGCUACCCUCCUUUUUUCCACAUCUUAAAAAGGCAAUCAUCGAAGAGAUUUCGGAUGAAGGAAGACUACACACUCUGUUCUGGAAGAAGCUUCGACAGUCUGGUGCAUCUCUUGCACAGCUAGAGUACCAUGUGCGCGGAGAAGUCAUUGCUCCUUACCAAAUACAGACCAUCCUGCGGGAAUGUAGCCAGACCUGCUCAGAUACACUCGAGACUCUCCAACUCCAAUUCUAUACAUCUGAUUCCUAUCUCUGUAUGGCACCAAUAUCACUUGGCACAUUCCCCUGCCUGGUAAAUCUCACCAUCAACCUUCUCUACAAUCAUUUUGAACUCGAUGUCAUUUUGGACAAUUGUAUAAAUCUUAAAAAAUUAAAACUUCAAAAUGGCACAAGUUCCAUUAGUCAUGGGGCACUAAAAUACCCUCAACAACACGGUCUUCAGACAUUUGAACUGGUUUCCGUAAGAGUCAAUCUAGCAAUAUUCAGACAUCUUUCGUACCGUUGUCAGCAGUUGCGACAUCUCGAGCUCGCCACCUUACGUAUAGCGGAAAAGAUUUGCUCAAAGACUGGGAAUCUUCUGUUAGACAUGCCAUUUACCCAGUUGGAAACGUUGAAACUCUGUGACCUUGUACUAUAUUCGGAAAAAGAUGAUUAUAGUAAUCCCUAUUAUUACGACAACGACAGUACCGAUAGUAUGGAUAGAUACCACCAAAUACAACUGUUUGUUAUCGAACAAACUCAUACCAACCCACCAAUCCCUGACAGUCCUGUACAGUGUCAUGCGGUACUGCCGACCUCUCCACCAACCUCUCCACACCCGCAAUCACCAUCACAAUCACCUAUAACCAAAGAUACCACAUGGUUUCAUCGCUGUCUCGGAUCCCCCCAUAAUCAUAAUAACGACAAUAGCAAUAAUAUUAAUAAUAAUACUCCUAGCCAAGAGAUUCGUGUUCUUGAGAAAGAGCAAGUUGAGACGGCUUGCAAAUAUUUUCAAACCUUUCAAGCGCAAUCCCAAGAGGAAGCCACUCACUCGGAUAUCGAACGAGAUGAGGAUGGGUUGGUACUUGAGCAAUAUUGGCAAAAGGAUCUUCCAGAGGGCUAUAUUACACUACGUUGUAAGUCGGUGGACCAGUAUUCUAUAGAAGGUCUUCCGGACCACACAAUAGACGGAACGUAAAGAUUGUUGUCAUUAUUAUUUUUUCUGUAAAUAUAUAUAUCUUAAAAUUGGACUUUGAAACAUAAGAAGAAGAUGAUGAAGAAGAAGAAAUAGCAAAGAAAACACUAUUUUAUCUUUAUAUCUAUACUUGUUAUUCUAUGUGGCUGUCUGCAAUCCAGAUACAUACAUACAUACAUAGAGAAAAAGAGAGAUUAGAUGCAAGUGUAGACUUAUUAGAUCUACUGCUUUCUUAAAGGCAUCAAUCUUUUAUUUCCUGUAGAUAUCUUGGGAAUAAUGUAUUGAUAUACCAGCAAAAAUAACACCAUUAUCCUCC